AUGAAUAUUUAUAAUCUUAACGAACUUUCUACAACAUCGGAAUCUGAUAGUGAAUAUUUGGUUGAUUCAAGAUAUUGCCGGACAACAGUAAAAUGCAAGCGAAAAGCUUUGAAAAAGACAAUUAAAUUGAUUCAUGGACGAUGUGUUGUCAUCUAUCGAGGGAGUGGUGAUCUUUUACCGAUUGCAGCUAAAGAUGCCGAUCGGAAUUGUUAUUCUGAUUUUGUCUUUGUCUGUCAUGAUCCAAAACCAAAGACUAAAUCAGCAAAAGAAACAUCCGCUAUGCCACGAUCGAGAUCAGCUCUAUAUGAAUCAUCAACUUCUGAAAGUGAUGAUCAUGAUAUGAGGAAUAACAAUUUCUCGUAUUCAACUUCACACGAACAAAAAAACUCGGCUCAACAUUAUACGAAUGAAUCUGUUCGAAACGAGGAAAUCGAUGUUGACGUUGAUGAACUAGGCCAAGCUGAUGAACAGGCAUCCUCGAUCAUUUAUUUCCCUUCAUCACAUUCGAAAACUACAAACGAAACAAGUUGA